AUUUAUUAUCCGAGACCUGGUUUAAUCGCCAGUAAUUUAUUAUUACUAUUGUUGUUUAUUUAUCAUGUCUUUCUUGUCUUCUCGUUUAUUAUUAACUCCUUCAAUUCGCUUCUAUUCUUCUACUAGUUCACUUUUUCUUAAGGAAUUUAUGACUUCACAAGAUAAAGGUCCCAUUCAACUUUCAAUCGAAAGCAAAAUUUCAGAAGCUUUGAAUCCUACUAUUUUAGAAACUAUUAAUGAGUCACAGUUGCAUGCCCAUCAUGAACCUAUGAGGGGUAAUACCAACAAAGAAACCCAUUUCAGUGUCACAGUCGUUUCUGAUGCAUUCAAAGGAAAGACUUUAAUGCAACGCCACCGCUUAAUUUAUGGAUUGUUGGAUGAUGAACUUCAAAAUAAAGGCGUACAUGCUUUAACACUCAAGACAAAAACACAAGAAGAAAUAGAUAGAGAAUAAUAAUAAACCAUUUAUUCUAUAAUUUAACAGUAAUGUCUUGUUGUUUUUUACAUUGUUCAAUGGCAGACGCCAUUUUUUCAGAUCCACUAUUUAAAUAGAAUACAUAAUCG